AGUGCAUACAUAAUAAUUUAUAAUUAAAAUAUAUUCCAGUUAAAGACAAUUAUUUGGUACUAUAGCACAAAAUAUUGUUAUGAGUUAUCGACGUCUUAAAGACAACAAAAUAUAUUGGUAUGAUACAAUAAUCCAUUGGUAUAGUUUUACAUUAAAGGACGUGAUGGUCAUGAUGUCUACAUGUGCUGUCUUACAAACGUGCAACAUAGAAAAUUUACAUAACAAGAUCCAUUUUGUGUUGUUGAUUUUAAUAUCAUAUUAAAUUGAACUGUUAUCAAAUUUAAAGUCGUUUGAAAAGACAAUACGAAAAGACAACUGCUAUACCACGUUGUAUUAAUGUUGCUGUUGUGGGGCUUUCUGGUACAGAGAAAGAAAAGGGAGCAGAGGGAGUUGGUAAAUCAUGUCUAUGUAACAGAUUUAUGAGAAUAACAUCUAAUGACUUCAAAGAUGAUCAUAUUUCUUUAUUAAGCAAUUCUGAUUUUAGUGGACGAGUUGUUAAUAACGAUAAUUUUUUAUACUGGGGAGAUGUUAUAAAAACGUCUGAAGAAGGUACUGAGUACAUGUUUCGUGUCAUUGAACAAACUGAGUUUAUAGAUGAUUCAACAUUUCAACCGUUUAGUGGAGUUAAAAUGGAUCCAUAUAUCAAACGCUGUGUGGCUACUACGAUUGAAUCGCCUGAAAAAUUAAUGUAUAUUUGUAGAAGCCAAUUAGGUGUCGAAGAAAAAUAUGAGCAAAAAGUAUUACCUCCCGGUGAAUUCAAUGUCGAUGGUUUUAUAUGCGUGUUUGAUGUCAGUGUAGUACCUGGUCGUAGUAUUGUAAAACAAUUGGAAACUGUGACUAAUAUAUUAAAAAAUAUAAAGAAUACAAAAAAACCAGUGGUAUUAGUAACUACAAAAAAUGAUAAAUUUCAUGAAGCAUAUGUUCAAGAAGUUCAAAAACUUGUAUCUCAAAAUGAAUUUAAGAAAGCUGUACCAAUUGUAGAAACAUCUGCUUAUCUGAAUAUUAAUGUUGAUGUCGCUUUUAUAGUUCUAGCUCAUAUUAUUGAUAGAUUUAAAGGCCGUACAAAAAUAGUUCCUUAUUUGGAAUCUGUUAAAAACGAAUACUGAUGCAAACCAGACGUUGGUACGAUUAUAAGUAAAUCCAGAAAUGUUUAUCAUUCUCUGUUUACGUAGUACGUAUCUAUAAGUAUGAA